AUGGAACAAGAUUGUGGAUACCAAAGGGUAGGCUUUUUUUGGGAUAUUCAAAGGGUUCAGCUACGCCAGCAAAUCCCACAUGACAUAGAUGAUGAUCCUUCUCGGGAUGAGCCCGGAAAUCCGCAGUUGGAUUGUUUUGAAGGCGUGGAAUAUGACACAUAUCAAGAGCUUAUGGUUGCAAGGCGAAAGAGAAAUCAACAAAAGAUGUUCGAUCUUGGAUUGGGAGAGUAUAUCAUUGCAAAAUCUGCCGCUGCUCAGCGAGCCCUUCAAUUCUUCAAGGGACACGUCAACCACGACGACGAUUUGACGCUAGAACAGGCAAUUGAGCUCAAUGAGCCAAAAUGGAUUACUGAUGAAUCACUAAAGGUAGCGGAAGACUUUCAGAAAGAUAUCAUGAGUUUGGAAGAAACCAACAAAACCAGAAAGGCAGCAAGCGUAUCGAUGACGACCAUCGAAAAGAGAAUCAAGGACCUUUCGAUCGACAAAGAAGAAUGGAUUGCAAAGGUAACACCAGAUCGUAUUUAUAGCGUUGCUUGUCAUCCGAGUGAGACAAAGAUGAUAGCUGGUGCAGGAGACGAGGGAGGAUAUAUUGGAUUGUGGGAUGUGGAUUCAAGAUCUGAAAGCAAUAAUGGUGUUCAUCUAUUCCGCCCUCAUUCUCGGCCAGUAUGUUGUAUGGAUUGGGUAUCCAAAGAUUCCAUGGUGUCUACCUCUCAUGAUGGUACUGUUCGCUUGCUCAACGUAGAGAAAGGAACAUUUCAGGAGAUCUUCGCGACAUACAAUGGUGACUCAGAAUACUUGGAAGAGCUUGGAUAUAACUUGGAUGAGGGAUACAAUUAUUGGACCCAAUUCGUUGCUGUUGACAAGCGCUAUCAAGGAUCAAAUCCAAGUAUAUUCAUGUCCACAUCUGCUGGAACAGCAAUGCAUAUUGAUCUUCGUGUUUCGGAUAAGCAAAGGAUUUCAUUCAACGUGGACUUGAGUGCAAAGAAGAUCAACAGUCUGAGCCUUCAUCCCGAUGGUAACAUCCUUGCCUCCGGAGGUCUCGACAACACAGUGAAUCUUUGGGAUAUCCGAAAGUUUGGAUCAAACGCAAAGAAAGCUCUCAAGCCAAUUGCCUCAUAUUCUGUUGGUCGUUCAGUCAACAGCGCGUUCUUCUCGCCCGAUGGGACCUCAUUGCUGACCACUACCACGAUGGACAAGCUCGAGAUCUUUGACAAUGCCCAUCUCAAGACCAGUACCAUCGAGCCAACCAAGAGUAUCCGUCACAACAACCAGACUGGACGUUGGUUGACUACUUUCAUGGCAGUCUGGCAUCCAAAGUUGGAUAUCUUUGUCAGUGGUUCCAUGAAUAAACCUCGCUGUAUUGAGAGUUUUGAUUCCAAAGGCAAUUGCCUUCGUGAGAUCACUGGUGAUGCUCUGGGAUCUGUCAUGAGUCGAUGUUGCUAUCAUCCAUCGACCGAAAAAUGGCCAUCGUCGGAGAAGACUUGUCGGGAAAAGUUGUGA